AGCACUCAUUACGCCAACAGGCAUUAUUACAGACUGCUAAGUAUGGGGCUAUCAAAAGGACCCAAACAACAUGUACCGGAAAUUUUGAGAGCAUGAAGUAAACAUUGGAGCUAACACUCAAAAUUUCUGACUUCCUGGUCUUUCAGACUCCUCAGAGUGGAUAAAAUGAAUAACAUGUCCCCUGAGGUUGCACUGCAUCGGAUCUCACCUGAGUUGCGGCCGUUGCUGUGCAGCGUGGUGAGGAACGGCCGUGUGGGACUGGACUCCACAAACUGUCUCCGUGUCACAGACCUCAAAACUGGAUGUACAUCUCUGACUCCUGGUCCUUGCUGUGAUCGCUUCAAACUUCACAUCCCCUAUGCUGGAGAAACCUUAAAAUGGGAUAUCAUAUUCAAUGCACGGUAUCCAGAAUUGCCUCCAGAUUUUAUUUUUGGAGAAGAUGCUGAGUUUCUCCCUGAACCCUCAGAACUACCACAUUUGGUCCAGUGGGAUGCAGGGAACCCUGAAUGUUUGCUCCAGCUGGUAAAGGAGCUUAUCCAGCAGUACCACCACUACCAGUGCCAGCGUCUGCGUGAGAGCUCCAGGCUUCUGUUUGAGUAUGACAGCCUGCUGGAGGAUCCCAACUAUGGCCGCAACAUGGAGAUUUAUGCUGGACGCAAAAACAGCUGGACGGGAGAGUUUUCAGCCCGUUUCCUUCUUAAACUCCCUGUGGACUUCAGCAACAUCCCUGUCUAUCUCCUUAAGGACACAGCUCUGGACCCUGGAGAGGAUGUGGCCCUUCUCUCAGUGAGCUUUGAGGAUGCUGAAGCCACCCAAGUCUUUCCUAAACUCUACCUUUCCCCCUAGCUAGAGCACGCUCUGGGAGGCUCCUCUGCGCUUCAUAUCCCAGCAUUCCCCAGUGGAGGAUGCCUAAUUGACUAUGUCCCUCAAGUGUGCCAGUUACUCACCAACAAGGUGCAGUAUGUCAUCCAAGGCUAUCACAAGAGGAGAGAGUACAUCGCUGCCUUCCUCAGCCACUUUGGAAUGGGGGUGGUGGAGUACGAUGCUGAGGGAUUCACAAAGCUCACCCUGCUGCUCAUGUGGAAAGACUUUUGCUUCCUAGUGCACGUGGAUCUCCCACUGUACUUCCCCAGGGACCAGCCCACCCUCACCUUCCAGUCUGUGUACCACUUCACCAACAGCGGUCAGCUUUACUCUCAGGUGCAGAAGUCGUAUCCCUACAGCCCGCGCUGGGAUGGCAACGAGAUGGCCAAGAGGGCAAAGGCGUACUUCAAGAGCUUCAUCCCUCAAUUCCAAGAGGGAGCCUUUGCCAACGGGAAACUCUAGUGCUCUCUAGCUUAAUGACAUGCCUGGAGAGUUGCCUGUGGGAGUGUAUAUGCAAGCAUGUGUUUGUGUAUGCCAUUGUGUACCUGUAUACGAGUAUGCACAGACAGUGUAUGCAGUACAGUACAUUUCACAAAUGAACAGUACAGUGAGAAUGACAGUGUGCUUAUUUGCACACAGACUCUUAUGAAUUCCACGUUGUUUGGCCUUGAUGUCGUUGCCUCUUAGUCAAUACCUUUACUUUUUAUUGUACUUGUAGAGAGAAGCCACUUUGCUGAAGAAGUUUAGUCAUCCACGCACUGCAACAUGCCACAGCUAAAAACUGGCUGUAAUGAUUAUCACUAUUUCUAGCACAGUAAAAAUGCCUUUAUUUUUGAAAAGAAGAACUCCAACCUCUGACAGGAAGUUAAUUUGACAGCCUGUACUGUACAAUGUGUCUGUUCAACCUAACAGUAAAUAGUGUUGUUUUAUUGUGUUGCGCCAAUGACAGCCUGGCUUCAAGCAGUUACACCACAAAGGUUUGGACACACAACACUCCAUCCACAGGUGCUGUGCUACGAGAAAGAUAUUUGCUGAUAUGUAAACAAUAUGUAAACUAUUAACUACACAAAGAGCUGUAGGGAGGACGCAUAAUACCUUUGUUUAUUAUUUGUUUGCUUUUGUCAGUCACAUGAUUUGUGAGGUUUGGCUCCACUGUUAAUGUUAAAAUGAUCUCCAACUUGCCUUUUAAUUGUUAAAAUGCUGUAUGCUUUAUUUGACUGCCCGAAGCCAGUCUUUACUGACAUGUUGACAGUACUGUAAAAUAAUAUGUUUUGUCAGAAUUUCUGUCCAGUAAAGAAGUGUGUCUCCUCUGA